ACCCCUUCAAUUUUUCUCCUAUUUUCUCCAAUAAGGAAUACACACAAAAAAAAAUAAAAGAAGAAAAAAAAAGAAAAAACUCUCUCUAAUUCCAAAUCUCUCAAAGGAAGUAAGAUAAGAUGGCAGAAGGCGAGGAUAUUCAACCACUCGUUUGUGAUAAUGGAACAGGAAUGGUUAAGGCUGGGUUUGCGGGAGAUGAUGCUCCACGAGCUGUUUUUCCUAGUAUUGUUGGUCGUCCCCGUCAUACUGGUGUGAUGGUUGGUAUGGGUCAAAAAGAUGCUUAUGUAGGAGAUGAAGCUCAAUCAAAGAGAGGUAUCUUAACGUUGAAGUACCCGAUUGAGCAUGGUAUUGUUAGCAAUUGGGAUGAUAUGGAGAAGAUAUGGCAUCAUACUUUCUAUAACGAGCUUCGUGUUGCACCAGAGGAGCAUCCUGUCCUACUAACUGAAGCACCUCUUAAUCCGAAAGCUAAUCGUGAAAAAAUGACACAGAUUAUGUUUGAGACUUUUAAUACUCCAGCUAUGUAUGUUGCUAUACAAGCUGUUCUUUCGCUGUAUGCCAGUGGUCGUACCACCGGUAUUGUGUUGGACUCUGGUGAUGGUGUCAGCCACACUGUCCCAAUUUACGAGGGAUAUGCCCUCCCACAUGCCAUUCUUCGUCUUGACUUGGCAGGUCGUGACCUGACUGACCAUUUGAUGAAGAUCCUCACCGAGCGUGGUUACUCAUUCACCACCUCAGCUGAGCGAGAAAUUGUCAGGGACGUGAAAGAAAAACUCUCUUACAUCGCCUUAGACUUUGAACAAGAACUCGAGACUUCAAAGACCAGCUCUUCCGUUGAGAAGAGCUAUGAGCUUCCCGAUGGUCAAGUCAUUACCAUCGGUGCUGAACGAUUCCGUUGCCCUGAGGUCCUAUUCCAACCUUCAAUGAUCGGAAUGGAAGCUGCUGGAAUCCACGAAACUACAUACAACUCGAUCAUGAAGUGUGACGUUGAUAUCAGAAAGGACCUCUACGGUAACAUUGUCCUCAGUGGUGGUACUACCAUGUUCCCCGGUAUUGCCGAUAGAAUGAGCAAAGAACUUACCGCGUUGGCUCCGAGCAGCAUGAAGAUUAAGGUUGUUGCACCACCAGAAAGGAAAUAUAGUGUCUGGAUUGGAGGUUCUAUUUUGGCUUCCCUCAGUACCUUCCAGCAGAUGUGGAUUGCAAAGGCGGAGUACGAUGAAUCAGGUCCGUCCAUCGUCCACAGAAAAUGCUUCUGAGUUUCCAAAAACAACAACAUUGAUAAGAGGAAUGCAGCUUGUGAUAUUGUAUUCUGUGUUUGUUUUUCUGUAUUUUUGUUAAUGUUUUCAUUUUCUAUUGAAAACCUUGAGAGGGCAAAGAGUUUUGAUUGUUUGAUGAACUUAAUUCUUUUAUAUUUAUUCAAUUAGUAAAAAGUUUCAUUUGUUUCGUA